AUGAGCAAACCGAUUAGACGACAAUCAAAAGAAAUUGUGUAUAACGUAUACAUGUAUUUUAAAGAGCGUAAAAAUGAUAAAUCAUCGCAAGAAUACCAGAACGAUAUUAAUUUGGCAAAAACCGUGUCUGUAGCAACAGGGCUCUCGGAAAGAACAGCGGAAGGACAUACCGUUCUACGCCUUCCACCGUACCACCCGGACCUCAACCCUAUAGAAUUAGUUUGGGGAGACCUCAAAGGUGAAUUAGCUAGGACAGCCAUUGAUUCAAAUUUAGAUAAAAAGAAGGAAGUGCUAAUUUCACUCUUUACUAAUUAUUCGGCUGAAAAAUGGUUUAAAUGCGACGACCACGUCAUAAAAAAUGAACUAGAAUAUUAUGAGACAGACAGAGUGUUCGACGACGAAAUUGACAGGUUGAUUAUUAACUUAGGUGAAGACACGGACACAGAUUAUGACCAGGACGAUGAUGAGGAAAUAGAUAUGGAUUGCGGCUAUAAUUAG